AUGAAGAAACCACAUGAUGGUGGGCCUUUCCACGCUUCAGCAGAUAUGGACUCUGUCACAAAAGAAUGCAAAGCAGCAAUGAUGAACAUUAAUGGCAUAAUGUAUAGCAUUGUCGACAUGCCUGGAAUCUUUGACACCAAAAAGGAUACAGAUGCAAUACUUCGUAAUAUUGCAGAAUCUGUCCAUAAAUGUGCUUAUGGAGUCAAAGCUAUCAUUCUUGUUUUUGAAGCAAGACGGUUUACUGAAGAACAAAAGAAUGCUUUAGGGCAUUUCUUGGAAGAGAUGCAACAAACCAUAUUAUUUCUUAUUGGAAACCGUUGGGGUAUUUCUCCAGAUCCUAAUCACUUUUUACCAGAAGAUCCUACUUAUAAAGUACAAUUAAAUGAGAUCAAAGGAUUAAUUUGUGACAUCUGA